GCCGUCGGCAUCAAUUUGGCUGGCUCCUGUCCGUUGGCACCGAUGCAGCGCAUGGCCCUUACGUCCCGCGGGGUACUCCGAUCGGCCGCUGCUGCGUCGUUCGGUGCCCCUGCUUCUUUGCGAUCGAUGAGCGUCGAUACCGUCUUUCGCGCGUCCACAUGCAACAUUCUCCCCAUUCAAGCGAGUUUCGGGUCGUCGAUUUUGCCCAUGUACACCCCGAUGGCAUCUGUCGUGCCUUCGCCAAUGGAAUGUCCCGAGUUCAACGACAACAUGGCCCCUAUCAUGGCGAUCAAGCGAACAUAUCAACCGAGUGUAUUGCGACGAAAGCGAAAGUUCGGCUUCCGUGUGCGCAAAACGACCGUGGGAGGUCGCCGCGUCCUGAACAACCGCUUUAACAAAGGCCGCAAGCGUCUCUCGGCGUAAACGGCACAGCGCGACCAUGACACUAACGCUUGUUCAAUACACUACACUUCUUCUGCACGACAGAAUCACCCGACCAGCGGAGACUGCAUCUGUACAGCGACGGGUUAUGCAUCCUGCUGACCUUAGCCACUGCCAAGCCUCUCUCUGCAUCAUAACAUCAACCGUUUUUGAUACGAUUUCAU